AUGCAUUUCCUCAAAGCCUUCUUACUUUUGCUCCCAGUGACAUGUGCAAGCAGAAUUCCCAGUUGCAAUGAUGCCGUCAAAGUGGGAGACCACCCACCACUCUCCAAGAAAUGCUCCAGUGCAUCUAUUGAAAAUAACUGGCUCUAUGCCAAAUGCGACGUGGGCGCGGAUGUCAUGACGUUCGGCCUCCAGUUAAACUGGUUUAUUGCUCUCAAUCCAGACCAUAAGAUAGUCUUUCAAAAAGAUGGUGGAGCUAUGGGUGCCUGCGAUCAAGACAAAUGCCAUGCCGUCAUUCGAAGAGGCAGGAGUGCUACCUUUUCAUGCAAUGCGGAUAACUGCCAGGGAAAACUUGACCUUGAUAAAGUCGUCAAUUUCACCGGUAAAUACCUCGAAGUCUAUGAUAAGGAGGGAUCAGGGCCCAAAGAAAUGCAAACAGAUGAGUUGGACGAUGGCUGA